AUGGCGCAGAGCCUCAUUUGCGGGCGCCGACACUCCGUCGCUAAGCAACGGUUGAAUAUUCUCCCCAGAAACCGGUCUAUCAGCUUGACUCCAUAUCCACAGAUUGUUCUACCACCCUCAGCGAGCUGCAAGCAGGCGUCGAGGCUUCCUCCGACCGGAAGCGGGUUGGAGGGGCUUAUGUGCACGUGCCAUCCAGCCCCCUCCUUACGUCAGCCAGCGCCCGAGCUUGAGCUCGGCUUGCUUAACUCGCGUCCGUUCUCGACAGCUCCUUCUUCUCUCCAACAACACUUCCAUCUACAACGCAGCUGCACCACGGCCAUGGCGAAGCGCGCCCACGACUACGCCUUUGCAGUCGCGAUGCCUGGUGCAAUUGCAAUGGAUGACGACGACUUUCUCCUGUCUCCCCAGAGCCAAUUGAUCGACUUCGCGCCGGGCGCAGCUACCCCGACGACCUCCUACUUCACCACGAUCAAGAACAUGAUCCCCUCUGUGGGCACCGUUAGCACCUUCAUAGCCAAUGGCCUCCGCCGUCUCCUGCGGACAUCGACCCGCCCGCAAGCCAUCCGUGCGGAGCCUGUUCAACGCCCCGACGGCGCCCGCAAGAAAAUACUCAUCGAUGCUGGUCUCGCCGACGCCCCUGCCACUCCCACGCGCAUCGCGAAGGUAGCAAACUCGAAGGCGGUCAUUGCGCAGAAUAACAAGCGCUUCCUCACCAAACAAUCAGAGUCUCGACUCCAAUUCGACUGCGUCAACGUCCCAGGCGCAUGGCCGUCCCCGAUCCUCAGUCCUCUUGAUUCCGCCAAUGGUUAUGACAACCCCUCUCCAUACGUCCCCCCACCCCCGAAAUUACUUACCGACUACCUCCCGUCAUACAUCUCCCCACCCCCAAGCCCAACCAAGGGCCCGCAGGACCUCUUCACUCGCGAAUUUAACACCGUCGCCGCCGCACAGGCAAGCGCGCCUUCCCCAAGACAGUCUACUUCUGGUGAUCAGGUCACUAGACAGCAGCGACUUCGCGCAAACGGCCUCGAAGCCGCUACAAAGUCUGGUGCACCAACUACAAAGAAUAUCUCACCGCCGCUCAACAACCGUAUCAAGACCUUAAGGAAGAACACCACCUCCAACAAUAAAAUAGUGCCCAGCAAACAUGCCUCCAGCAGCAUUUCCCGAAAAGACACCCCCGCCCAAGCGAUCACCACCAAGCCCCUCGAGAAUGCUCAGCAUUACACCAUAACCAACAAUCGCGCUAACGCAAAGAGGGCCAAUGAAGAAUACAGGAAUAAAAGGGCAGAGUGGGAAGCUGAGAGGUUCAGACAAGAGAAAGCCGAGCAGAAGGAAAAAGAACGGAAGAUAUAUGCGAAAGAGUACGCGGUCGCGUACGACCAAGUCGUAUCCUCAGCCCCUCCACUACCCACUUUCAGCGGUGAGGACCUUGGAAGUCUACCUGAUGCCCCAUAUUGUGAGGAGUUGUCUGAGCUCCCGGAUGCCCCACCGCGAAAGACAGUCCGACUGGCAGAUCAAGCCCACGUCAAGCAUUUCUUCCAAGACGAUAGGAUUUGCGACGGGCUUGAUUCGUUCAUAGUCGACGUCGUCCUUUCCCCGCCUCAGGAUGUGACCCUUCAAAACUACCUAUCUCUUCCACAGUUGCAAUCUCUCAGCACUGAUGGCCUAUCUUCAAUUCCUACGAACACCACCACUCAGCAAUCUCCUCUACCCAAGGAGGCCGCAAGCAAGCAAUCUGCAACCGUUGGAUUCACAGGUGUUCCACAAGAUAUAUUUUUCGGUUCGUCAGAUGACGAACAAAGCUCUCUUCUCGAGGCGGAGCCUUCGUUGGAUCUUAUCGAUGGCAUCAGGAAAGGAAUCGAGCAAGGUCUCGCUAUCACAACGACGAAGAAGGAUGUUGAUCAGCAGUCCGACAACGUCAAGCCAAUGAAACAGACCAAAGGGCCGCAACAGUCGACUAAAGUUCCAAUUCUGCCGUCUCUCACUGUUCCGCAGUUGGCUCCUCUUGUCCCGAUUCAGAAGCCGUUGGUUGCGCCCCUCUGCGAUAAGUGGAAGAAGGAGCUGGACGCCGCUGUGCAGAAGACAGACUAUGGAAAAAUCUCAAUGGACCUUGUCCAGCAUAAACUCAACACUCACGAUUUCGGCACCAUCUUGCCCGACUUGUUCAACGGAGGAUCGUCUUGGUGGCUCAACGACAACGUUAUCAACGAAUAUCUGAGCAUUCUGGUUGACCACAUCAAAACCAAACAGGGCUAUAAGCACCGUAGAGGAGGCCCAGCCCCUCCGGUCCAUGCCUUCCCGUCGCAAUGGUGGAUAAAUGUGAACGACGAUAUUAAAAAGGUGGAGAGGUGGGCCACCAAGAAGCAACUCGGUGGCAAACAACUCCUCGAUGCCAAACUUCUCUUAUUUCCAAUCUGCGAAGGGCAUCAUUGGCGCCUUCUUGCCAUCAAGCCAAAGGAGCGUACUAUCGAGUAUCUUGACAGCUUGCAGAAGCCUAGCGGACAAUCUACCACCUCUUCUCGAUACAUCUCCAAGGCUAAGGAAUGGCUACGUAUGGAACUCGGCGACUCGUACAACAACGCGGAGUGGCGCGUAGUUCAACAACGAAGCCAGCUUCAGCAAAACGGAGACGACUGUGGUGUCUUCACUGUCCUGAAUGCCUUGGCUCUCCUCCGUGAUGAGCAACCAGACCGAGUUGUCUCUGAGAAGGGCAUGAGCGACGCACGCCGCCAAAUGGCUGUAACUCUACUCCUCAGCAAAACGAUUGGUGAAUUGGAGUUUAUGUUGUUUAUUGCAUUCACGGUGGUAAAUGGUCUGGUUUGGGAGGGAUUCUGCACUGGAGUCUGGAUGGGGUCAAUGACUUGA